GGAGGCGGGAACGAUCUCACGGCGAGUUUAAGUGGAGCAGUUUCCAGCAACUAAACUUACCAAAGCUUGUGUUUGUUGUGUAGCGCCUAUUUAUUUAUGUCAGACUAUCUUAAGGAGAUAUCACUGAUAACUGGAGCAGGCCAGGCAUGAGUGGCGCACACCUGGACGAAUGGCAGAGGAGGUCCUUUGACAUUUCAUCUGGCAACUGUACACCUGAACAGACGGCCGAUGCCUACCGGGCCCACAUCCUCUCCAUUCAGUAUGCAUGGGCAAGCUCCCAGCUCUCUCAGGCCGGCAUGGCCAGCCUGCUCAGGACCUACUCGGAGCGCUAUGCCGCAGUGCUGGACUCGGAUGACCCCCGCACCGGGCUUAACAACUAUGCAGAGAGCGCACUGCAUUUGGCCCGCAGUCAGAGGAACUACAGUGACAAAUGGGAGUCGUCCCUGACCAUGGACAGUGUGGUGGAGCUGCCCUGCGUGCAGAAGAUGAUUCAGGCAGGGACAGGGGGAGGGGCCUCCCUGGUGGCACCAGGAGAUGCUGACAUAUCUGUGGGGCAAGAGAACAGAGGCAGCUCCCUGACUGCACCCUUUACCGGUGUCAGGUCAGAGGCUGCAUUAUUCAAACCCGUAGGACCACCAGCGCCUAAAACAGAGGUUGACAACACUGCCAGUAACCCUGUUACUAAUACUAUGUCGGAUCGGCCAAGAGGCUCUGAGGGGAUCUCAGGUAAUCAAAACUCAUUCUCCCGACCUCCAGCCCGACCACAGGCUGUGUUUAGUCACCCCUCUUCAGUUCCUUCACAGGGAAACCCUGGCCCUGCAGGGGGCAUGCAAAACUAUCAGUCCUCCUUCUUCUCAACUGCCAACCCAUCUAAGCGGAAGAAUUUUUAUAACUCAGAUGGAGGGGAUGGAGGCAGGGGGCAACACGGAGGUCAAGCAGGCACUGACCAGCGAGCUGGGAGCAACUUCAAAUCGGCUCGCGAGCAGUUCAUUGUUGAUCAACAGAAAAAACAUUCCCAUCAGCCCCAGAGAGGUCAGGCUGCUGGGAUGGCACCAACUGUGAAGAAAUCUCUGGGUGCCAACAGGCCUCGAGGUGCAUUUUCUAAAUUUGUGUCACCUAUUCCACGACAGGAGGAGGAAGAAGGUGGGACAAGCCAUAAUUCCAAUCAGGAACCUCAAAUCCUGGAUGAGCGUCUGAAAAACAUCGAGCCAAAGAUAAUUGAGCUGAUCAUGAGUGAGAUCAUGGACCACGGCCCCCCUGUUGCCUGGGAUGACAUAGCAGGCCUGGAGUUUGCCAAGACCACCAUAAAGGAGAUUGUGGUUUGGCCCAUGCUGCGACCUGACAUCUUUACUGGUCUCCGUGGUCCACCCAAAGGCAUCCUGCUGUUUGGACCUCCAGGGACUGGAAAAACUCUGAUAGGAAAGUGCAUAGCUUGCCAGUCAGGUGCCACCUUCUUUAGCAUCAGUGCGUCAUCGCUCACAUCCAAGUGGGUGGGUGAAGGAGAAAAAAUGGUGCGAGCUCUGUUCGCCAUUGCCCGCUGCCACCAGCCUGCUGUCAUUUUCAUUGAUGAAAUUGACUCGCUGUUGUCCCAGCGGACGGACGGGGAGCACGACUCAUCACGUAGGAUAAAGACAGAGUUCUUGGUUCAGCUGGACGGGGCGGCAACGGCAGCGGAGGACCGCAUCCUGGUGGUGGGCGCCACCAACCGGCCUCAAGAGAUAGACGAGGCUGCCCGACGACGCUUGGCAAAGAGGUUAUACAUCCCCCUCCCUGAGGCAGCCGCCCGACGGCAGAUAGUGACUAACCUCAUGGCUCGAGAGAAGAACCAGCUGAGAGAGCAGGAGCUGGAGAGCGUCGUAACAGCCGCCGAGGGCUUCUCGGGGGCUGACAUGACUCAGCUGUGUCGAGAGGCAGCGCUGGGGCCCAUCCGCAGCAUCCAGCUCUGUGACAUCGCCACUAUCACUGCAGAUCAGGUGCGACCAAUCCUGUACAGUGACUUCCAGGAGGCCCUGAAGACGGUACGACCCAGCGUCUCAUCGAAAGACUUGGAGCUGUAUGAAGAGUGGAAUAAGACAUUUGGAUGUGGACGUUAAACGUGGCUCCUCAUCCUGAUUAUCCUCCACCUCUACUAAAGUUAGGGAUGUUAUUUUGAACAGAGUUGAGAUAAACAUUUAAGCUCCGGAGAAAAAUAUUGAUCUUAAAUAUUGUCAACAAAAUAGCAAGAGCACCUCACACUGCCUAAAAACACGAGCUUACAGUUGGACAGCUCUGUUAGAGUCUUGACAGAAAGCUUCAGAAAGAUUGUUUUCUAAAUGUAGAGCUAUGUGUUAAAUUGCAUUAUACGGAGCAGGUGUUUCUGUUAUUUUGUCUCGCACCUGUGUGUCCAAGGGGCACACAGGUGAAGGGUUCAGGUCUUAAAUUUACUGUUCCUUUGUGGUUUGGUGUAAGCAUUAGACACCAUGUUAAGCACAUGAACUGUGUUUUAAUUUCUUCAUUGUGGUGAAUAUCUUUUUUUGAAUAUUUUGAUGUUCAGCAUAUGUAUCAUUCCCAAAGACAUUCUCACCGGUAUCACACACAGUUUGUUAAGACUUAACUUUUGCCAUUGCUGUAAUUUGUUUCAGUUGAAUUCAUUGCUAAAAUUGUAUGUUUUCCUAAUAAAAUGUAUUUUGCCAUGAUCUACAGUUUGUUUACGUAUCAGAAUUGGAAUAAAUCAACA